AUGGAGAUGGAGACUUUUGUUGAUGAUCCAGAGGUGUCAAAGACAGAAGGGAGAGUAGGACAGACCACAAAUGUGGUUAUUGGCGGGACGGUUGCAGAUGAUUCUACUAAUGAAUGGCUUGCUUUGGAUAAGAAGGUAAACUCAUAUCCAACAGUUAGAGGAUUUACUGCAAUUGGUACAGGAGGUGAUGAUUUUGUGCAAUCUAUGGUUAUUGCUGUUGAAUCUGUAAUCCAACAACCAAUCCCUGAGGGUCAAGUGAGGCAGAAAGUAUCUUCGAGGGGCAAAUAUGUGUCAGUCAACAUUGGUCCUGUUCAAGUUGUUUCUAGUGAGCAGAUUCCAGAAAAUGUGAUACUAAGAACUUCUGAGUUGUUUGGCGUCUGGCAUAUUCCUCACGGCAUAUCAAGCCGAGGAAUGCGAGAUGCUGUUUUAAUAAAACUCCAAAUACAUAACCUUGUGGAGCCAGCAUUGUUGGUUGUCGGUAGUUUUAAUUCACCUAGUAAGGCACUUGGAAUCAUGCUGGGUAAUGUAGAGCAGUUUAUGCUAAAUGUAGAUUCCAAGGAUCUGCUUGAAAGAAAACUUGAAGAUUCACCCUCAUCUUCUGUAUCCAAUUCACCAACACAGAGUAGCAGACCGAGCAGCAUGGUUGUAAAGAAGGCGCAUACCAUAAUUCCAGCUCAUUUGAUAGCCGAAGCCAUGUCGACAAUCCGUGGCCUUGACCUGAGAUGGUCUGGACCAAUAACCCAUAGUGAAAUGCAAUACGUGAGGCAGUAUGUUUUUGCGAAGUACCCUCAGUAUUGCAAUGGUAUUGUGGUAGAUGGAGAUAACACAAUUGAUCUUACUAAUCUUUGCAUCGGUGAGGAAUCGUCGAAAACCACACUGGAGAAUAAGCGUGGUUCCCCCAUGAGUCUUGGCGCUAGAGAGUCCACGCCUUCACUCACUCGCAGCCUAUCUGAUCUUAGCAGGACACAAUUGGAGGCUUCAAGACUGCUAGAUAUUUUUAACAAGAAAACUUCUUUUCCAGGCAAUUUCAUUUCAAUCCCAGAAAUUCAAGCACAAAAUAGAGCCCUGAAACAUUGUGGCCUAAGUGAAGCUGAUUACUUGGUCAUUUUCGUGCCCAGCUACAAGGAUGCUAUGGUGAUGGUUGGAGGGAGCUACCCUUUCUUCAGGGGUAAUUACUAUAUGACAAUGAUUGGGGAAGAAAGUGAUAUGAUACGUGAAUUUGCUGCUUGUAAAGAAUCAAAGGUUAUUCCAAUGCCAGAAACUUGGUUGGACCUGAGGAUUAAAGGAUCACAGCUUAGUCAAUAUUUUAGAAGGAAGUGCAAGCACAUCCCAAAGGGGCUUCUCUCUUAUCCUGCUAUUGUCAAUGAGACAAGAUACUCUAUGCAUUGGAUAUCUGAGGCACACAGAAAUUCAUGGCAUGUUCUACUUGAUGCCACGGGGUUGGUUUUUGGAGAGGACAGAUUGGCCCUUGCACUCCACCAGCCUGACUUCGUGUUGUGUACACUUGAUAAUGCACGUGCCCAACCAUCAAAAUUCACGUGCCUCUUGGUUAGGAAAUUGUCAUUUGAUACUUCUGCAUCUUAA